UCUCAAGAGCUCUCCCGGUUCCCUCAGUCCGCCUCAGCCCGGUCUUUGCGGUUCCCUCAGCUCGCUCCGCCUGUCCCUCAACUCAGGUUCCAGUUCCCUCAGCUCGUUCCCCCGUGUCCCUCAGAUGGCAAAUUGCUCUCAGAUGACGUCACACACUACGUGGUCCCCGACUGCAAAGUUGUGCAGGAGUACCUGGAGAUUCUGGAGUUUCCAGAGCUGAAAGGAAUUAUCUUCAUGCAAACAGCUUGUCAGGCUGUGCAGCACCAAAAAGGACGCAGGCAGUACAACAAGUUACGAAACCUGCUGAAGGACCCCCGGCACGACUGCACCGUGUUUGCCAAUGAAUUCCACCAGCACUGCUAUUUGCCAAGAGAGAAGGGAGAAUCCAUGGAGAAAUGGCAGAGCAGGAACAUUUACAACGCAGCAGCCUGGUAUUACAACCACUGCUUGGGGCAGAUGCCAGUUGUUAUGGUGACGGAAGAUGAAGAUGCCAUCAGGCAGUUUGGGAACGAAACAGAAGGAGUGUUUGUGAUUUCCUUCAAGAAUUACCUGGAUAACUUCUGGCCUGAUUUAAAGGCUGCCCAUGAACUCUUUGACUCCAUAACUCAAGCUCGGCGUGAACGGGAGAGUGAAAGCCAAGAGAACCACGGAAAGGAAUAUCCUGAGCAUUUACCUCUGGAAGUACUGGAGGCUGGCAUCAAAUCUGGAAGGUACCUGCAGGGCACCCUGAACGUCAACAAGCACCGAGCACAACUGGAAGCUUUUGUUCGACUUCAGGGGUGUGGCAGCAAAGACACAGAACUUCAAAGUGACAUCCUUAUUUACGGGACCAAGGCUCGGAAUCGUGCCAUCCACGGGGAUGUGGUGGUUGUGGAGUUGCUCCCUGUGCAGGAAUGGAAGGGAAGGACUGUUGCCCUCUGUGAGAAUGAGACAGAGGAUAAAGCCCCUGCUGACACCACGGGUGACCCCAUGCCCACAGGUAAAGUUGUUGGGAUCACUCAGAAGAACUGGAGGGAUUAUGUGGUCACUUUUCCCUCCAAAGAAGAGAGUCAGUCCCAGGGCAGGAACGCUCAGAAAGUCCUUGUAACACCCUGGGAUUACCGAAUUCCCAAGAUCCGGAUCAGUACCCAGCAAGCUGAAGCAUUGCAGGAUUACAGGGUUGUCGUGCGAAUCGAUUCCUGGGAAUCAACUUCCCUGUAUCCCAACGGGCACUUUGUGAGAGUCCUGGGGAGGAUUGGAGAUCUUGAGGGGGAAAUUGCAGCUAUUCUGGUGGAGAACAGCAUCUGUGCUGCCCCUUUCUCGGAAAUCCAGAUGAGCGAAAUGCCCGCCAGUUCUUCCAAGAAUCCGUGGCAGGUGAAGCCGGAGGAGGUGGAAAAGCGCCUCGACCUGCGGGACACUCACCUGAUCUUCAGCAUCGACCCCAAGGGCUGCGAGGACGUGGACGACGCGCUGUCCGUGCGGGCCCUGCCCCGCGGCCGCCUGGAGCUGGGGGUGCACAUUGCAGACGUCACCCACUUCGUGCCUGCCAACUCCUACACCGAUGUGGAGGCCAGAGCGAGGGCCACCACGUGUUACUUGGCUGACCGUCGCUAUGACAUGCUGCCCUCUGUCCUCAGUGCUGACCUCUGCUCCCUGCUCAGCGGGGUUGACAGGUACGCUGUGAGUGUCCUGUGGGAGCUGGAGGAGGGAUCCUACGAAGCACUGAGCGUGCGGUACACGCGGAGCGUCAUCCGCUCCUCCUACAAGCUGGAGUACGAGGUGGCCCAGGGACUGCUGGAUGGAGACCCCGGGGUCCUGGGGGACAUCCCCGAGCUGGAGCACUUGGAUGAAGGGGCGAGGCAGAAGAAGGUGUCGGAGCUGGCCUGGGCCAUCUCCAAACUGACGGAGAUCGCCCGGCACGCGAGGGCCAGGCGGGACAGGAGCGGGGCCCUGGAGCUGGAGGGGAUCGAGAUCCGAGUGCAGCUGGACGAGAAACGGAACAUCCACGACCUCAUCCCCCGGCAGCCCCUGGAGGUGCACGAGACCGUGGCAGAGUGCAUGAUCCUGGCCAACCACUGGGUGGCAAAAAAGAUUUGGGAGGAUUUCCCCCACCAGGCUUUGCUACGUCAGCACCCUCCCCCUCGGCAGGAAUUCUUCACCGAGCUCCGGGAAUGUGCCAGUGCCAAAGGCUUCUCCAUAGACACACGGUCUAACAAAGCACUGGCAGAGUCCCUGGACAAAGCCAACGACCCCUCGGACCCCCUGGUGAACAAACUGCUGCGCUCCAUGGCCACCCACGCCAUGGCCAACGCCCUGUACUUCUCCACUGGCUCCUGCCCCGAGGAGGAGUUUCACCAUUAUGGGCUGGCCCUGGACAAGUACACCCACUUCACCUCCCCCAUCAGGAGGUACGCGGACAUCGUUGUCCACAGGCUGCUGCUGGCAGGGGCAGCUGCAGGGCCUGGCAAGGACCACGUCAGCAGCAGCAAGGACCUGGAGGAGCUGUGCAGACACAUUAACAACAGGAACAGGGCAGCCCAGCGAGCUCAGAAGCAGUCCACAGAGCUGUUCCAGUGCAUGUACUUCAGGGACAGGAGCCCCGAGACAGACGAGCGCUGCGUGGCCGACGGGGUCAUCUACUCCAUCCGCACCAACGGCGUCCUCGUCUUCGUGCCCAGGUAUGGAAUCAAAGGUGCUGCCUACAUGAGGAACAAGGAGGGCUUGGUUAUCUCGUGCGGAGGGGCCGGGAGCUGCGAGUGGAAACCUGGAUCCCUGCAUCGCUCCCAGGGCCAGAUCACCUCCACUCCAACCUCCGGGGGCUCGCUCACACUGCGCCUCUUCGAUCACAUCACAGUGAGGAUCCUCGUGCAGAGCUCCCGCUGCCACGCCGACACCAUCCGGCUGGAAAUCCUCAGCAAUGCCCCUCAGCCCCGCGCAGCCCGCGAGGCUGCCCCGAGCGGUGCCCAGCUGGGCAGGGCUGACCUGGUCAAGGCGGUCAGUCAGGGGGCAGGGGAAGCCCAGCGUGCCCAGGAGAAAGGCAGGGGGGAAGUGCUGGAGGAGGAAUACCGGGAAUUCUGCCAGACCAAGGGGCCCAGCCUGUACCAGCUGCUGGAGGAGAUCCGGGAGCUGGCGCUGCUGGAUGUGUCAACUGAGGCGAGACCUGAGCUGUGACCCACCAGCAGCUGCUCCUGCUCACGAGUGCUUGGGGGAUGUUUUACUAAGCAGUUUAUUUAAAUAUUCAAGAGUCCCUUUAAUAAGAAGCUAAACGUCUAUUUUAAAUAAGAAUUAUUUUUAUCUGAUUGUGAACAUGUAUU